AUGAACCCCCAGUUGCGCGAGCCUUCAAUGACACUGAUCCUCAUUGUGGGAGUGGCGUUUGCUGCUGAUUGGAAAGUGGCUAAUGUCGAGAGGACUAUCGAUCUGUCAUCUCAGACGAUUUCACCAGCGUCGGCCAAGGAUAUAUACUAUAGAGAUGAGAUUGGAAACAUAUUAACAUCAGCUGUGCGACUUCGCGCUGAUUCUGUUGAUGUCGAACUGAAACCGAGAUUCCCGCUUUUUGGAGGAUGGCGCACUUCCUAG